AUGGCAGUUCCCGAGACCCGACCCAACCAUACUAUUUAUAUCAACAACCUCAACGAGAAGAUCAAGAAGGAUGAGCUGAAGAAGUCCCUGUAUGCUAUCUUCUCCCAGUUUGGCCAGAUCCUGGAUAUCCUGGUGUCACGGAGCCUGAAGAUGAGGGGCCAAGCCUUUGUCAUCUUUAAGGAAGUCAGCAGUGCCACCAACGCCCUGCGUUCCAUGCAGGGUUUCCCCUUCUACGACAAGCCCAUGCGUAUCCAGUAUGCCAAGACCGACUCUGAUAUCAUUGCCAAGAUGAAGGGCACUUUUGUGGAGCGUGACCGUAAGCGGGAGAAGAGGAAGCCCAAGAGUCAGGAGACCCCAGCUGCAAAGAAGGCCGUGCAGGGCGGGGCAGCCACCCCUGUAGUGGGGGCUGUCCCAGGGCCUGUCCCGGGCAUGCCGCCGAUGACUCAGGCACCCCGCAUCAUGCACCACAUGCCAGGCCAGCCUCCGUACAUGCCGCCCCCUGGCAUGAUCCCACCUCCAGGCCUCGCACCUGGCCAGAUACCACCGGGGGCCAUGCCCCCACAGCAGCUUAUGCCAGGGCAGAUGCCACCUGCUCAGCCUCUUUCAGAAAACCCACCAAAUCACAUCUUGUUCCUCACCAACCUGCCAGAGGAGACCAAUGAGCUCAUGCUGUCCAUGCUUUUCAAUCAGUUCCCUGGCUUCAAGGAAGUCCGGCUGGUCCCAGGGCGGCACGACAUCGCCUUUGUGGAGUUUGACAAUGAGGUUCAGGCAGGGGCUGCUCGAGAUGCUCUCCAGGGCUUUAAGAUCACCCAGAACAACGCCAUGAAGAUCUCCUUUGCCAAGAAGUAG